CAGUCAUGUGACGGGUGAGGAAAAUGUCAACAUUAGCGUUAGGACCGUCUCAAACUCUAGUUUUCCGCUCUCUUUCGGGAAAUAAACCAACGUAAAUCGGCGCUUUUUGUAUCGGAGUCGGACUUUGAUGUGUUUGUCUGCUCUCGUUCAGGAUGGCUGCAUCUCACACGGGCCAGUCCUCCCUCGUGCACAGCCUGGCCAAACUCCUCAGAAAUGACGGCGACGUGGUGCUGGACGGCAGCAGCACGCUGGCGCUGCCGGCCGCCGGCCUGCAGCAGCUGACGCGGCUGUUCGAGCAGUACCUGCUGCCGCGGGCGCAGCAGCACGGCUUCCUGGCGCUGCCGUCGCACCCGGCCGACACCGCCGCCCUGCUGCAGCUGCAGUUCCUGUUCGACGUGCUGCAGAAGACCGUCUCCCUGAAGCUCGUCAACCCGCCGGGGAACAAGAUCCAGUCUGUGGUGAAAAUCUUCCCCUUCAAGUCCCUCAAAUGUUUAGAGCUGAAGCGAAUCCCUCCGCACUGCCUGGAGGGCCUGCGGGGGAUCUACUCCCAGCUGGAGGUCUUCACCUGCUCCAGGAGCCUCAGCUCUCUGGAGGAGCUGCUCUCGCUGUGCGGCGGCGACCUGAGCUCGGCGCUGCCCUGGCUGGAGCUGCACACCCUCAACUUCAGCUACAACGCCCUCGUCUGCCUCGACCAGUCGCUGAGUUUACUGAACGUCCUGAAGUCUCUGGAUCUGAGUCACAACAAGAUUCAGGAGUGUGCCGAAUUCCUGAAGCCCCUGAGCGAGCUGGAGCACCUGAACCUGGGCUACAACUGCCUGCAGAGGGCGCCGGUGCUGGGGCCGGGCGCCCGGGCCAAGCUGGUCACGCUCAUCCUGAGGAACAACGAGCUGGAGACCAUCAAUGGCGUGGAGCAGCUGUCGUCGCUGCGGCACCUGGACGUGGCGUACAACCUGCUGCUGGAGCACUCGCAGCUGGCGCCGCUCGCCCUGCUGCACUGCCUCACCACGCUGACCCUGGAGGGGAACCCGCUGUUCUUCCAGAAGACCCACCGCACCUGCACCGUCCGCCACCUGUCGCCGAAGGCCGCCGGCCCCAGAUUCAAGCUGGAUGGAACCACGCUGCUCUCCUCGGAGCUGUCGAUCCUGCCUAAACCCGGCCAGCACGUCGUCCAGGCCUACGCCCCGCCCCCGGUCGCCACGGCGACCGAGCGCGGUAACCAGGAAGCGUCGAGCGGCGCCGGGGAGCUGAGCGACAGCCAGUCUCACGGCGAGGCGGCGGUGUCGAGUUUCCGCAAGAAGAAAUCCAGAAGUAAGGUCAAAGUUCGCAGAGCGAGCAUCUCGGAGCCCAGCGACACGGACUACGUCCCCAGAUCGUUUUCAUCCUCUCAAGCCAUCGUUCUGCCGCACCAGCAGGAGAUCGAGCGCAUGUCCAGCUUCAGGGACCAGCUGGGCGAGGACUGGCUGCGGUACCAGCACCACCUGGAGGACCCGGCGCCGCCGCCGCCGCCACCCACUAUCGCCAACGGUAUCGACGAGACGGAGGCGAUACCGGAGAAGGACGGCGAUCUGGAGACAGAGUCCACCCUGCAGUGGCCCGGCUCCAACACCCAGCUCACCGACUCCACCCUGGAGGAGGCGUCGGUCGACGGCGCCGCGCCGAAGAAGGAGGAGGAGGAGAAGAACUCCAGCCCGGCGUCGCGGCGGUCCAGCCGGGCCGCCAGCGGAGAAACCAACCAGGAAGAGGAGGAUCUGGGAGUGGAUCUGUGCCACCCGCUGCUCGCCGCCGUUCUCCCUGACGGCGAGGAGGAGGAGGAGGAGGAGGCGGCGGCGGGGCCGGGCCGCCGCGGCGGCAGCGGCGACGGCCACGGCAAGGUCUUCCUCCGCGUCAAGCAGGGCCUGCUGCUGGAGCUGGACGUGCAGCGCGGCCGCGAGCGGCGCCGCCUAGAGCUGGACAGCCUGCUGCGGGUGGAGCGGGCGGAGCAGGCGUGGAGCCGCGAGGGCUCGGGGGAGACGCUGCUGCCGGCCCUGGAGCUCGGCUUCGACUACAUCAGCAGGGAGAAGCAGCGGCGGCGCUACGUCCUGCUGGACGACGACCCGGCGGCGCUGCAGGCUCUGAUCGACAUCCUGUCAAGCGUGGCGGAGGAGAACCGGCGGCGCGACUCGGAGCUGUCGGCCAGCCGCGUCCGGCUGCAGUGUCUCCGCUGCCGGGCGGAGUUCAGCCGCCAGGGAGCCGGGAAGGAAGAGGAGGAGGAGGAGGAGGAGGAGGAUGAAGAGGACAGGAAAGAAAAAGCUGAUAUUUGUCCAGAGUGUGGCGGCGAUCACGUGGUCCAGGUGGCGCUGCAGUCGGCUCCGCCGUACAGCAGCACCCCCGUCCAUCAAUCGUCCGAGGACGACCUCCCCCGAACCGCCAGCGUGAGCGGCAGCCCGGUCCGAGAAAAUACCGCUGACCCCGCCGCCGCCGCCGCCGCCGCCGCCGAGGAGGAGCCGGAGUUCGUCACUGCUCAGGGCAGCUCCUUCUUCAUCGGCGACGGCAGCAGCCUCAGCAAGGAGGAGCUGGCGGGAAGCUACAGCUACGCCGCCGCCGACGGCACGCCGCCUCCCCUCCAGCCGGAGGCACCGCCCAGCCCUGACAGUCUCCUGGACCUGCUGUCGGAGGACUCGGAGGCGGUGGACCACCGGCUCAAGCUCUUCCUGGACGUGGAGGUUUUUGAAGAUGAAGACGAGGAGCUGAGCUGCCUCCUCAAGAUGUCGGCGGUGAAGUUCGGCGAGCCGGGGGAGAUCCCCUCGCUGCUGGUCGUGUCGAACCGGCGCAUCUAUUUCCUGGAGAUGACCUCGGACGCAACGGGUCACCUGGGCGAGCGGCUGCAGAAGCGGGCCGGCUACCCGCUCCUGGAGCUGGGCCACCUGGAGGUGGGCCUGGCCUCCCAGACCAUCCACAUGGAGUUCGGCCAGAAGGGGGGCGUGGCCUACACCCUGCUGGUCCGGGACAGCGCCCGCUGCAAACGCUUCUACUCCACCCUCACAGAGAUCGUCCGGAAGAUGGCACACAAAUCCGACAGCAAGCUGCAGUCCAUCUCCACCACCAGGCUGACCCCCGAACACCACCUCUGGCCUCUAGUGUGUGAGGACAACCAGGCGGACGUGGAGGACGGACAGCUGCAGUUCUUUUACAUCCUGGCCUUCGUCCUGCGAGACGGCGCCUGGGCGCCGCUGACGGUGCUGGCCACGCGGAAGACGCUGCACCUGCUGGAGGAGGACCACCAGUGGAGCCGGGGCAGCCCGGCGGCCGGCUGCCACGCCAUCCUGGAGACGCUGCCCAUCAGCUGCCUGAGUUCCGUGCUGCUGUGGCCGGAGGAGCGGCGCCGGCUCGACUUCAGGCUGUACGACGAGACGGUGAAGCAGGAGCAGACGUGGAGUGUGCGCUCCGACAGCGGCGAGCUGCUGCAGGGCCUCCUGUGCUGGGUCCGGGCGCAGUGGGAGGCCAUGUUCUCCGUCCGGCUGCACACCAGCCUGCAGGGCGGAGCGGCGUAACGGGGCCGGAGCGCCACAAAGGACGGGAAAACAAAAACUCCUCGGACCCAGCAGCCUCUAAAAGCACUGGUUGCCUCAUUUCUCCUCCAGGAAAUGGACCGUGCCUUCUUUUCUUUUGUUUAUUUUCUUAUUAAAAUGCACCUUAAUGGAGGGGAAAUAAAGAGAUGUUUGGAAAUCUGC